AAGGGGGGAGUUCGCGGCCGGUGGCGGCGGUGGCUACAGCGGCGACCUGGAGAUCGAGCUGGAGGGAGCUGGGGAGCGUGCAGAGACCUCUAGCUCGAGCGCGAGUGAUCUCCCGCCGGGAUGCCUGGGGAGCAGAUGGACCCUACUGGAAGUCAGUUGGAUUCAGAUUUUUCUCAGCAAGACACUCCUUGCCUGAUAAUUGAAGAUUCUCAGCCUGAAAGCCAGGUUCUAGAAGAUGAUGCUGGUUCUCACUUCAGUCUGCUAUCCCGACACCUUCCUAAUCUACAGACACACAAAGAGAACCCUGUGUUGGAUGUUGUGUCCAAUCCUGAACAAACAGCCGGAGAAGAACAAGGAGAUAGUAAUAGUGGGUUCAAUGAGCAUCUGAAAGAAAACAAAGCUGCAGACUCUAUGGAUUCUUCUCAUUUGGACACAUGUGGUACCAUCAGUCAGGUCAUUGAACAGUUACCUCAGCCAAACAGGACAAGCAGUGUUUUGGGAAUGUCAGUGGAAUCUGCUCCUCCUGUGGGGGAAGAGAAGGAAGAAGAGGUAGAAGAGAAGGAGAAGGAGGAAAAGGAAGAAGAUAUUAGAGAUGAUACUACCACACACUCUCUUGGUGCUGAAGAUCCUGCCUCAUCACAGUUGGGCUUUGGAGUUCUGGAACUCUCUCAGAGCCAGGAUGUUGAAGAACAUACUGUGCCGUAUGAAGUAGACAAAGAGCCUCUACUGUCAGUUACCACCAACUCUAGUUAUACUGGGCUGUCUGAUGUGGAUGCUAAUAUUGCAAUUAAGCAUGAAGAACAGCCCACUGAAGAUAUGCCUGUGGCAGAACAGCCCAGCAAGGUUGUCCCUUUCGUAGCAGAGCCCAGUAAGGAUGUACAUGUGGUAGAAGAGCAAAAUUCACCACCCGCAAGGUCAGAGAACAUGCCUUCUAGUCCCAAAGUAUCUCUUGCUGCUAUGGAAACAAAAGAGCAAAUAUCUGCUCAAGAACUUUUGGAAGGUGGACUACAGAUUCAGAAGUCCCCAGAGCCUGAGGUUUUGUCAACUCAGGAAGACUUGUUUGACCAGAGCAAUAAAACAGCUUCUGAUGGUUGCUCUACUCCUUCAAGGGAAGAAGGUGGAUGUUCUCUGGCUUCCACACCUGCCACCACUCUGCACCUCCUGCAGCUCUCUGGUCAGAGGUCCCUUGUUCAGGAGAGUCUUUCCACGAAUUCCUCAGAUCUUGUUGCUCCUUCCCCUGAUGCUUUCCGAUCUACCCCUUUUAUCGUUCCUAGCAGUCCCACAGAGCAAGAAGGGAGAAAAGAUGAGCCAAUGGACAUGUCCAUGUUACCAGAAGGAAAAGGAGAGUGUUUUGAGAAGAAAGUCCAAGUUGAAGAACCAGUGGAGAUAGAUAACCCCCCUCUCCCGCCUGAGCGUACCGUGUCACCACAAGCCUCAACACCUGUGUCUCAGAGCACACCAGUCUUUACUCCUGGGUCACUGCCUAUUCCAUCCCAGCCUGAGUUUUCUCACGACAUUUUUAUUCCAUCUCCAAGUUUGGAAGAACCAUCAAAUGAUGGGAAGAAAGGUGGAGAUUUGCAUAGUUCAUCUUUGACUGUUGAGUGUUCUAAAACUUCGGAGAUUGAACCAAAGAAUUCCACUGAGGAUAUUGGGCUAUCUUUGACAGGGGAUUCUUGUAAGUUGAUGCUUUCUACAAGUGAGUAUAGUCAGUCCCCGAAGAUGGAGAGCUUGAGUUCUCACAGGAUUAAUGAGGAUGGAGAAAACACCCAGAUUGAGGAUACUGAACCCAUGUCCCCAGUUCUUAAUUCUAAACUUGUUCCUGCUGAAAAUGAUAAUAUUCUAAUGAAUCCAUCACAAGAUGGCCAAGUAGAACUGAAUCAGAAGGAUAAAACAAAGGGAGAUGAUGCAGAAACCAGAGAUGACAUAAGUAUUUUAUCUACUGGUUGCAAAGGCAGAGAAGAGACUGUAGCAGAAGAUGUUUACAUUGAUCUCACUUGUGAUUCAGAAAGUCAGGCAGUUCCUUCUCCAGCUACUCGAUCUGAGGCACUCUCUAGUGUGUUAGAUCAGGAGGAAGCUAUGGAAAUUAAAGAACAUCAUCCAGAGGAGGGGUCUUCAGGGUCUGAGGUGGAAGAAAUCCCUGAGACUCCUUGUGAAAGUCAAGGAGAGGAGCCCAAAGAAGAAAAUAUGGAGAGUAUCCCGUUGCACCUUUCUCUGACUGAAACUCGGUCCCAAGGCUUGUGUCUUCCAAAGGAAAUCCCAAAACAAGAAUGCCAGGAAGCUAUGGAAAUUGAAACCAGUGUGAUUAGUAUUGAUUCCCCCCACAAGAUUCCAGUACUUGACCAAGAAUUGGAACAUAAGGAUCAGGAGGCUUGGGAAGAAGCUACUUCAGAGGAUUCAAGUGUUGUCAUUGUAGAUGUGAAGGAACCAUCUCCCAGAGUUGAUGUUUCUUCUGAACCUUUAGAGGGAGUGGAGAAAUGCUCAGAUUCCCAGUCGUGGGAGGAUGAUGCUCCAGAAAUAGAAGCAUGUGCUGAGAAUAGAGUUGACACCCAGGAAGAAAAGAGUGCAGAAUAUGAAGGAGAUGUGAAAUCAGUGACUGCAGAAAAGGAACCUACAGCGGUGCACUCUCCACAGCCUUCCCUGACUUCCGUGAGAGCAGAUGAUGCUCUGAGACCUGACCAGGAGAUGCAGCAGGCUGAACCUCAAGAGAAAACUGGUAAUUCAUUAGCAAAGGACUCAGAAAUAGCUAAUACAAAGCAGCUGGGCUCAGGCGUAGAAGCCCAGCAGCCUGAGAAGGCCUCUGCCCAUGCUUCACAAAGCUUCUGUGAAAGCUCUAGUGAAACUCCAUUUCACUUCACUUUGCCUAAAGAAGGUGAUAUUAUCCCACCAUUGACUGGUGCAACUCCACCUCUUAUUGGUCACCUAAAACUGGAACCCAAGAGACACAGUACUCCUAUUGGCAUUAGCAACUAUCCAGAAAGCACCAUAGCAACCAGUGAUGUCAUGUCUGAAAGCAUGGUGGAGACCAAUGAUCCCAUACUUGGGAAUGAAAAAGGAAAUCCUGGGGCUGCCCCAGAGGUGGAUGAUAAACUGUGUCUAAGAAUGAAACUGGUCACUCCUGAGACUGAGACUAGUGAAGAGUCUUUGCAGUUUAGUUUGGAAAAGCCUGCAGUUGGUGAAAGAAAAAAUGGAUCUACUGCUGGUGCUGAGGCUGUUGCCAGUCCCCAGAAGACCAUGUCUUCAUUGAGCCGUGUCUGUGAAGCACAAGAUGAUAAGGCUCGAAAUCGGGAUCCUCCCUCUGCACCCAUCAAAGGGAACUCGCUCAGUUUUCCAAGCACCGAAGAUGAAGAAGAGAAGGAAAAAUUGGAAGGUGACCAAAGGACCAGACAGAGUCAACAGCCUCUGGAGCCCAGUUGUCCUGUCAAAGACCCUCCAUCUCCUACCUCUCGACAGGUGGCUACACAGGGGUUGUCCAGUCCUCAAGCGGAAGCAGUGAAGAUAGAUGUGCAAGAAGGCCAGAAAGAAGGACGAACUACCAAUCAGGAAAAACCUAGUAAUGCUUUGAUUGAAAGGCCCAGCCAAAAUAACAUAGGAAUCCAGACCAUAGAGCGUUCUCUGUGGGUCCCAGAAACUGUUUCAGCGGCAACCCAGACUGUAAAGAAUGUGUGUGAACAGGGGACCAGUACAGUGGACCAGAACUCCGGAAAACAAGAUGCCAUGGUUCAGACGGAGAGGGGGAGUGGUGAGAAACCAGUCAGUGCUCCUGGGGAUGAUACAGAGUCGCUCCACAGCCAGGGAGAGGAAGAGUUUGAUAUGCCUCAGCCUCCACAUGGUCAUGUCCUGCAUCGCCACAUGAGGACAAUCCGUGAGGUUCGCACACUUGUCACCCGUGUCAUCACAGAUGUGUAUUAUGUGGAUGGAACGGAAGUAGAAAGGAAAGUAACUGAGGAGACUGAAGAGCCAAUUGUAGAGUGUCAGGAAUGUGAAACUGAAGUUUCCCCGUCACAGACCGGGGGCUCCUCAGGUGACCUGGGGGAUAUCAGCUCCUUCUCCUCCAAGGCAUCCAGCUUACACCGCACGUCAAGUGGGACGAGUCUCUCGGCCAUGCACAGCAGUGGCAGCUCAGGGAGAGGAGCCGCACCACUCAAAGGGAAAACCAGCGGGACAGAACCCGCAGAUUUUGCCUUGCCCAGCUCCCGAGGAGGCCCAGGAAAACUGAGUCCUAGAAAAGGGGUCAGUCAGACAGGGGCGCCAGUGUGUGAGGAGGAUGGUGAUGCAGGCCUUGGCAUCAGACAGGGAGGGAAGGCUCCAGUCACGCCUCGUGGGCGCGGGCGAAGGGGCCGCCCGCCUUCUCGGACCACUGGAACCAGAGAAACAGCUGUUCCUGGCCCCUUGGGCAUAGAGGACAUUUCACCCAGCAUGUCACCAGAUGAUAAAUCCUUCACCCGUGUUGUGCCCCGAGUGCCGGACUCCACCAGGCGAGCAGAUGCGGGUGCCGGUGCUUUGCGUCGAAGUGACUCUCCAGAGAUUCCUUUCCAGGCUGCUGCUGGCCCUUCUGAUGGCUUAGAUGCCUCCUCUCCAGGAAAUAGCUUUGUGGGGCUGCGUGUUGUAGCCAAGUGGUCGUCCAAUGGCUAUUUUUACUCUGGGAAAAUCACUCGUGAUGUCGGAGCUGGGAAGUAUAAACUGCUCUUUGAUGAUGGGUACGAGUGUGAUGUAUUGGGCAAGGACAUUCUGCUGUGUGACCCUAUCCCACUGGAUACAGAAGUGACAGCCCUUUCGGAGGAUGAGUAUUUCAGUGCAGGAGUGGUGAAAGGGCAUAGGAAGGAGUCUGGAGAGCUGUACUACAGCAUUGAAAAAGAAGGCCAAAGGAAGUGGUACAAGCGAAUGGCCGUCAUCCUGUCCUUGGAGCAAGGAAAUAGACUGAGAGAGCAGUACGGCCUUGGCCCAUAUGAGGCAGUAACCCCCCUCACCAAGGCGGCAGAUAUCAGCUUAGACAAUUUGGUGGAAGGGAAACGGAAACGGCGUAGCAACAUCAGCUCCCCAGCCACCCCUACUGCCUCCAGCAGCAGCAGCAGCACAACCCCUACCCGCAAGAUUACAGAAAGCCCCCGUGCCUCCUCGGGAGUCCUCUCUGGCAAAAGAAAACUGAUCACUUCUGAAGAGGAGCGGUCCCCUGCCAAGCGAGGCCGGAAGUCUGCCACUGUGAAACCUGGUGCGGUGGGGGCAGGAGAGUUUGUGAGCCCCUGUGAGAGUGGAGACAACAUGGGUGAACCCUCUGCCUUGGAAGAGCAGAGAGGGCCUUUGCCCCUUAACAAGACUUUGUUUCUGGGCUAUGCCUUUCUUCUCACGAUGGCCACAACAAGUGAUAAGUUGGCCAGCCGCUCCAAAUUGCCAGAUGGUCCUACAGGAAGCAGUGAGGAAGAAGAGGAAUUUUUAGAAAUCCCUCCUUUCAACAAGCAGUAUACAGAAUCCCAGCUUCGAGCAGGAGCUGGCUAUAUUCUGGAAGACUUCAAUGAAGCCCAGUGUAACACAGCCUACCAGUGUCUCCUAAUUGCGGACCAGCAUUGUCGUACCCGGAAGUAUUUCUUGUGCCUUGCCAGUGGGAUUCCUUGUGUCUCUCAUGUCUGGGUCCAUGAUAGUUGCCAUGCCAACCAGCUCCAGAAUUACCGCAAUUAUUUGCUGCCUGCUGGGUAUAGCCUUGAGGAGCAGAGAAUUCUGGAUUGGCAACCCCGUGAAAACCCUUUCCACAAUCUGAAGGUACUCUUGGUGUCAGACCAACAGCAGAACUUCCUGGAGCUCUGGUCUGAGAUCCUCAUGACUGGGGGGGCAGCCUCCGUGAAGCAGCACCAUUCAAGUGCCCAUAACAAAGAUAUUGCUUUAGGGGUAUUUGACGUGGUGGUGACGGAUCCCUCAUGCCCAGCCUCGGUGCUGAAGUGUGCUGAAGCAUUACAGCUGCCUGUGGUGUCACAAGAGUGGGUGAUCCAGUGCCUCAUUGUUGGGGAGAGAAUUGGAUUCAAGCAGCAUCCAAAAUAUAAACAUGAUUAUGUUUCUCACUAAGGAUAUUGGUCUUACCGAUUUUAUUCCCUGCUAUUGUGGAGAUUGUGUUUUAACCAGGUUUUAAAUGUGUCUUGUGUGUAACUGGGUUCUUUGCAUGGAUCUUGUAUAUAGUUUUAUUUGCUGGACUUUUAUGAUAAAAUAAAUGUUGAAUCUCUUUGGUUGUAGUAACUGGGAUUUCUUCAUACAUUUCUUUGAACUUAGUCGCAGAACAAAUAGCAAGACAACCCCAUAUAGUACCUUCUCUGCAGUUUUCAAUAGAUUUGUUCAUAGUGGAGGACAGCUAGCCAAGGAAAGUAACAAGAAGUGAAUUUAAAAUUUUUCUGUGGCAUCAUUGUCAAAAGGUUAUCUACAAUACAGUGCUUCCCAAAACCUAAUUUUACAGUAGGCCAAGAUUAAUAGUUGUAGCUAAAGCUGAAUGGAAUUGAGCAUAGCUCUAAGUUGAGCGGACAGCUGACUUGUGGGUACUGUAGUCUGAGAGCUAAAAAGGAAAAAGCACCAAUUGCUCUGAAAGGGCAGUGACUAAGUUUGAUGGGAUGACUUUCUGCAAAGAAACAGGAGAAACACAGUGACAACAUUUAGAAAUGUUAGAAGCUCUAGCCAGAGGCCCAACAUUUUUUAUGACUAUUAUUCCUGUCCCAGUUACUAGAAGCAUCAGCCCUGCUAAUGUCCUCUUAUUCUUUAAAGCAGGGAGUUAAAAAACUUCUUCCUGCCAGUUAGGAAAUAUUUUAGGCUUUCUGGGCCAUUUGAUGUGUCACGAGUACUCCCCUGCGCUGGGAUGGCACAAGAGCAAUUACAGACAAUAGGUGAGCAAAUGAGUGUGGCUGGGUUCCAGUAAAACUUUACACAAGCAGGUGGCAGGCCGUGAUUUGCCAGCUUCUCCACAGGGGAAGGGGUCGUCCUCAGCACACAACUACAGGAAACAGGAGUGGUUUGUGGUAGAAGAUGCAGGGAAGGACCAGAUUCAGUAGCUACAAACUGAGGCCAGAUUGCUGCAUUCCUGUUCAGUAUGGAGGGAGUUGUUCCAUGAGUAUUUAUUUUGGUUCACACCAAUAUGAAUAUUAAUAAUUACCAGUAAUGGUUGGGCCAGAUUAGGAGAACCUCAACUCCUGUGGUUCUUCUAAGAGGGGAGAGUGAGACCUGUAAUUUUCAGUACUUGAAAUCUUAAGAAUUAGACCUCCGUUUUCUUAAGGACCCUUGUUCUUAGAAUACUACUUGAAUACACUGUCGACAGCUAGGAUUACCUUUUCCCAGCGUGAGAGAGGUGCUGUCCCGCAGCUGGAGCAGUGCCCAGGCGCACAGCAGGUGCUCAGAGCACGAUGUGCCCGACGGAAGUUCUCCAUGUCCUGGGUCUCACGGGGCCAGCAGAGGGAGAGCGGACACCACAUGUCCUCCGUGGUGGGUGAGUCACCGGCUCCCCUGAGGUGGGGCAGACCCUUCCACAUGGGAAGGAUUUGUGCCCACGGAUGUUCAGUAGUAUUGCUUGCUUCUAGGAGGAAAAGGUAGAGGCCUCAGUAGUCUGCAGGCAUUUGCUGAAUGGCUGGAAUGUUUUGAAUCUUCUGUCACAGAUUUGGGAACGUGAUUGGACUGUUAGUUUGCGAAGCAGGUAUUUUCACAUCCCGAAACUGAAAGAAAAAAAAGAGCCUCAAAUAGGCUUUCCCGAGCUUUUCUUCAAAGAAAUAUGAAUCAGGGCAACCUGUUAUCUAUAUAAUGUCAUCUUAAAACUCAAGUUUCUUUGACUCUUCUGCUAAAAUUGCUUAGGAAAAAUCUGCUUGAGGACAGUCGAGAGAGCGAGUAAAAGGAGAACAAUAAAAUGUUUUUGAUUAGGACAGACCUCUGGAAAAAAACCAACCAUCACAAAAUCUCUUUGACUGAAAAGAAUUAGAAGGGGCAAUCACCUUUCCCGGACGCUGGGCCGGGGCCAGUGAGGCAGACAGGAUGCCGGUACAGCUAGUUCGUGUCAGAGCUGGGAACCAGAGCCACCCUGCUUCCCAGCAGGGGAUUAGCCCAGCCCAUCUCAGCAUCAGGGAUUUUAGUAUUUUAUUAGGAUGAUUGGUUUUACUGGAAAAUAAGCUUCAUUAAAAUUAAAGAUCAGAUGCAGCCCUUUUUCUGAGCUUUAGUUUGUUUAUAAAAUGAGGCUAUUUGGGUGAGACCAUGACUAGAGCCUCCUAGCUCUGGAAUUACAACUUGUUAAAAAGCCACACACACACACAGAGUCCACGGAGUUCCCCAAGGCUUGCUCCUACCUGCCCAGAGUUCCACCAGCCUGCGUGUAAUAUUUGUUAUAAUCCAGUCGUAAGAGUAGUUGAGCCAAAUCCGAGUUGAUCUGAUGAUUGCGAACGCUGGAGAGAAUCUUGAAUAGGAGUGAUGACUGGCGGCUAAAGCCCUGCAAGAGAAGGACCCAAGCUGCCAUUCCUCUCAGACUCCCGGACCGUCCGUGUGGAGUGGGGCGGGGGGGCAGGUCCCUGAAAAAGUCUUGCCCCAAAUUCUGCUGCACCAGCUGGCCUUCCCACAUCCUCACCGCCGUUAACGCCUAAAACUUCUCUGUAUAGACGCCACAGAUGACAUGACCUUCUGGGAAAGCACACGCUCGUUCUCAGGAGGAAGUCAGCAUCUGCUUGCAAGUUAAUGCAUUCCGUUGUACACUGGGGGUUGGGGGGAGCUGCGUGCUUUUGUUCUGGUCGGAUAAUCACAAUCUCCGUGAAACAGUUCAAGGAAGUAAGGAGGUUGGAUAGGAGAAUGUGAAAACAAAGCCAGUGUGUGUCUGUGGGCUGAAGAAACUAUUCAGGGCUGAGCUAUUUUUGAAUGCUGAGAUGGCAAAUUAUCUUGCUUUAAAGUGAACUGACAGCAACAUUUUUAUCUUUGUAUCUUGUUAUUUCUGUGCGUAUGUAAUUAUUGGGAAUAUGCCUUAUUGACUCAGAGAAAGAUCGGGAUUCCUCAUUGGCAAAACCGCCUCCAUCCUUUGGACAGGGCUGCGCACCGCCCACAGGCGGCCAGACUCACCUUCACCAGGAUGCUCAGCUGGGCGGCCCCACGUUCAUCCAGCGGGCCCAGGUUCUGGCUGACCAGGGAGCAAAAGCUGUGACAGAGAUCUAGGAUUUCAUUCAGGCAGUGAAACACCUAACCAAGAAAGAGCUGGUAUUAGGAAGUGAAGGCAGACCCAUCCGUGAAAUUAAAGAUUUGGGAAAACAAUCUAUUAUUUCCAUUCGUUGACCUCAGAAGAGACCAUGUCAUGUGCACGUCCUGCUGGGCCCUCAAAAUGCAACACGUGUAAAACCAGCUCUUCCCUUCCUGGCAAAGAUGCUGUCAUUCUUAGUCACUCCUGCACAAGCCUCCAUUCUAGCCACCUAAACCUGGCCUCGUUUCCUGGACCCCCACGUGUGCUCCUGCCUGAGCUUUGCUUUCAGUGUUGCUCCCUGUGCCCGGGAUCCCCUCCUUAACACAGUCCAAGUUCUACCUUCUCGGCAGAGCACUCCCUUCCCCAUGUAUCCUCCAGUGACCCUGCUUCUCUCUCUGUAUUAUCUGUGCUGUUCUCUUGCUCAGGCACCUGUGCUGUUACGGAUCUGUGUGUGUAUGUAUGUUCUGUUUCUCCAACUAGAUUGUGAGCUCCUUAAGGGCAGAGCCAUGACUUAUACCUCUCUGUAUCCCCAGUGCCUUGCACAAAGUAAGCACUCAAUAAAUAUCUAAUGGUGA